AAGUGAUUGUGAUCUGUCUCGUUCCCCAUAAUGCAGCAAAAAUUGCCCUUAACUAGCUCCGUUGUUACGGCGAUGCCCACGACCAGUAUCAAGGUUGUGCCUCACCAUCACCAUCGAUAUCGUGUCCCGUAUCGACGACAAUGGGUUCUUCUCACGACUGUCUUGACGGUGACGGCUACGAUCAUGACCUGGUACGCGGCCUUUGCUUGCACCUUCUUAUCCGUCCAGGGUAGUAGUCUAGUCACAGACCCCCCGCAGUACACCAUCGGACUCUGGACCGUCCAACAAAUUAUCAAUCCCGACCAUCAAGCCUGCGUCGGAUGGAACGAUCAUACCGGGAUUUUGUCCAGAAAUGAUUUGGACGGCCCCGUGCAAGUGGCCAAAGGUUUUAGUUUCAUCGCUUGUAUCGUGGCGCUCUACAUACUCCUCCUCCUGGCCAUCCCUGUUUGCCGCCGACACUGCUCUUUUCCCUGUUUCCGUCUCAUCGCGUUCGCCCUGAGUCUCUUGACCUUUUCCUGUUUGUGUACGCUCCGAUCGCACAUCUGCCGUGACGCCCGCGAGUGCCGUCUCGACACGGCGGGUUGGGUCGCUGUCGCCGCUGGCACUGUUUGGCUCUUGACCGGGUUCGCCGCUGGUCGCGUCCCCCGUAUCCCACCCGCCCACGUCAGCGGCCCCCACAUUGUCCGCGCCGUUGCCGCCUCGCACAUCGAUCUCUCCCGUCCCGAAUUCCAUCGCGGAUCCGAAUACCGCACCAAUCUGGGUGAGAUCUGUAUCAUUCGGGAGACCAGUGAGUCGGAAGAAAGGCAAGGAGGAAUUUACACGACCUCGACGCUCCAGUCGAGCCCGGAUGGCAGCGGUAGUGGUUCGUCCGUUUCUGCCAACGCUAUCGCCUAACUAGAUGAAGGACGAGUUGUUUAGAACGAACUACUCCUCUUGCACGGGGGCGUCUGCGUGAAGCCUGCACACUUCUUCUUGAACUUUGAUCAGUAUGUAUGCGUUCCCUACGGCCUUCCCUAGUUAUAAAUUUUUUUGUACCAUUUACCCGACCGCUUUAUACUCC